UAUAUUGAUAUAUCGGUGGGACAAUAACAAUCCCAGUCCAAAGUGCACAGGGUACCGCGGUUAACUGGCUUCGCCGAAGGAAACACAAUAAGAUGGCUUCAACUGGACUGCUGGUCGUGUCCAACAUUAAACAAUUGGGCAAAUCCUUGCGCAGCAUUGAAAAAUACGUUCACUCGCUGUACAUACAUUUAAAUGUGCCCACGUCAACGCCGCCGCCACCUGUUUGGGGUCGUCUUAUAUCACAGUUGUAUGCGGACAGCAGCAGCUAUGUGGGCAAUAAGGUGGAUCUGCGCGUGCUGGUGGCACCGCUCAAGCAGCAUCCGGCAGCCUGCGCUCUGCAGCUAUGCAAGCCCGUUGAUAUGAUAUUCUCGGACACACAUCAGCCGGAGCUUUGCGAUAGGCUGCGCCGUGCGCUUAACAUAAGUCAGCCAACGAUUUUUCUGGGGGAUACUAACAGUACGGACGCACAGCUUGCAGAAGCAGAAGGCCAGCCGGCCAGUCAGCAAAUUUACCCGACAGUGGUAUUGGGCGGCACCUUCGAUCGCAUCCAUAUUGGCCAUAAGAUAUUCCUCACACAGGCCGUGCUCCGGACCUGCAAACGUCUGGUGGUGGGCGUCACCACGGCCGCAAUGACUAAGGGCAAAAUAUUGCCGGAACUAAUAUUGCCCGUGGAGCAGCGUAUUGCUGAAUUGCGCGAAUUCCUUUUGGACAUUGAUAAUACCUUGCAAUAUGAUAUUGUGCCCAUCGACGAUCCCUUUGGGCCGACUCAGCAUGAUCCGGACAUGGACAUGAUUGUCGUCAGCGCCGAGACGCUGCGUGGCGGCCAAAAGGUCAACGAGAUAAGGGCCAGCAAACAGCUGCGUCAGUUGGAUAUCUUCGCAAUUGAUAUUGUCGAGAGCAAUGUGCACGAUGGCAUACACGAGUCAAAGGUCAGCUCCAGCAACACGCGCAUCGAUCUGCUGGGCACACGCUGGCGCCAGCCGGAGGCACGUCCUCAGCUGCCCGUGCGUCCCUACAUCAUUGGGCUGACGGGUGGCAUUGCUUCGGGGAAGAGCAAAAUGGCCGAGCGCCUGGGCGACAUGGGCGCCCAUGUCAUCGACUGUGAUAAGGUGGCGCACGAUGUAUACGAGCCGGGUCAGACGUGCUAUGAGAAGAUACUAAAGCACUUUGGGGAUGAGAUACUGGCCAGCGAUGGGCGCAUCGAUCGCACCAAGCUGGGGCCCCGAGUGUUUGGUAAUCCGCAGGAGCUGCACACGCUGAACUCCAUUGUCUGGCCGGAGCUGAUGGUGGAGGUGAAUAGACGUCUGGCGAACUUGCGCGCCGCCAGCCAGGUGCCCAAAGUGGUGGUGCUGGAGGCAGCUGUGCUGCUGAAAGCCGGCUGGGAGCCCAAUUGCCAUGAGGUGUGGUCCAUGAUCGUGCCGCCCGAGGAGGCUAUCAAGCGUGUCAUGGAACGCAACAACCUCAGCGAGGAGGAGGCACGCAAACGUCUCGCCAGUCAAGUUCCCAACGCCGAUAUUGUGGCCAAGUCCCAAGUUAUAUUCAGCUCGCAGUGGGACUUUGAUUUUACGCAGCGACAGGCGGAGCGCGCCUGGCAAAUGCUCAACAAGGAGCUGGACGGCCGGACGCACAGCAGCCUGUGAUGGGCGAUAUUAAUAAUUG